UUUAUCUUCAAACCUUGAUUAAUCUUGAAUACUUGAUGGCAGCUUAUAGUGCUGUACUUUCUCUUCUUCAAACUAUUGACGAACGAAAUAUUCAUGAACUCUUUCAUGUUCACACUGCUGAAACGCUCGAUUCUCUUCGUGCUACUGCUGAAUAUUUCCAAAAAGUUCUUGAUGAAUUUGAACCUGGAAAAAUCAAAUCUUUGGAGGAAAAAAUUAGAGAUGCUGCUAGUGAGGCUGAAGAUGUUGUUAAGCUGAAAACUCGUGAAAUCAUCAGAGGGACAAGCUGGACGUUUGGAAUUUUACAACACCAGGAUUUGCUACCACUUGUUGAAAAAAUGAUUACAACAAAGAAACAAGUGAUGGACAUUCUUUCUGAUGAUGCUGAUCCACUUCGUGAAUCAUCCGGGGAUUCCUUGAUUGGUACUACUUAUCCAAUGCUGUCAGAUAAGUUGGAAGAUGAUAUCGUGCAGGGAAUUGAUGAUGACUUGGAGAUCAUAGUUAGAAGAUUGACAGGACCACCAUGGGAUCUAGACGUUGUCACAAUAUCAGGCAUGGGAGGCAUUGGCAAAACAACACUUGCUAGAAAGGCUUAUGAUCAUCUUCCAAUCAGGUAUCACUUUGACAUUUUUGCUUGGGUUACAAUAUCUCAAGAAUUUCGAUAUAGAAAUGUAUUGUUAGAAGCUUUACAUUGCAUUUCAAGGAAAACAGAUAUUGUGAACGCAAAAGAUUAUGAUAAGAUGGAUGACAAUGAGUUAGCUGACCUGGUGCAAAAGAACCUAAAGGGUCGAAGAUACCUUGUUGUUGUUGAUGAUAUUUGGUGUAGGGAUGUUUGGGAUAGCAUAAGAGGAAUAUUUCCUAAUUACAACAAUGGAAGUCGAAUCUUAUUGACUACUAGGGAAAACGAGGUAGCAAUGUACGCAAAUACUUGUAGCCCUCUUGAGAUGAGCCUUUUGAGUUUAGAAAAUGGUUGGAGGUUACUUUGUGAUAAGGUGUUUGGACCAAAAUAUGAACAUCCUCCUGAAUUGGAAGAAAUUGGAAAGGAAAUAGUAGAAAAAUGCCAAGGACUACCCUUAACAAUUUCAGUGAUUGCGGCACAUCUCUCUAAGGUGGCCAGGACAUUAGAAGGUUGGAAGGAUGUUGCCCGAACUUUAAGUGACAUCAUUGCUAGUCAUCCAGAUAAAUGCUUAGGAGUGCUCGGUUUGAGUUACCACCACUUGCCUAAUCGCCUCAAACCUUGCUUUCUUUCUAUGGCUGGUUUUCGAGAGGAUUUUGAGGUUGAGACUUGGAGAUUGAUCCAAUUAUGGGUUGCAGAAGGUUUCAUAAGGACUUCUGAAAGUGGUAAAAGUUUGGAGGAAGUGGGAAUAGAUUAUUUGGAGGACCUUAUUAGCAGGAACUUGAUACAAGCUAGAAAAAGGAGAUUCAAUGGUGAGAUAAAAGCAUGUGGAAUACAUGAUCUACUGCGUGAGUUCUGUUUGAUAGAAGCUGAAAUGACAAAGCAUAUGCAUGUUGAGAGAACUUACCCAACUCUUCCAACACAAAAGCAUAAUGUUCGCCGCUUCAGUUUUCAAACUAAAUAUUAUUCGGUUGAUAAUUGUUGCAAUCUAUUACCUCCUGUUGCCAGAUCUAUCUACUUAUUUUCUCAAUUGGAUCUACCUCUUGAACCGCGUAUCAUGCUUCCCAAAAGACUGCCCAUGUACCAUCAUGAUCCUAUAAUACAUGAAUUUUUCUCUCGUUUCAACCUUCUCAGGGUAUUGGUCAUCUUCCAUGAAGAUGUAACAUUCAAGUCAUUUCCACUUGUGAUUACAAAGUUGUUUCAUUUGAGAUAUCUCCAAGUUCGAUUUGACGGAGAUAUUCCUGAAUCAAUCUCAGAGCUUCAGAAUUUACAAACUCUAAUUUGUAAUGGUUAUUCUUCUGAUGUAAAUUUACCUGAGAAGAUAUGGAUGAUGAAGAACUUGAGGCAUAUACGCUUGGAUGGACCCUCUUAUUUACCCAGUCCUGGAACAGAAAGUCUUGUGAAUCUAGAGGAAUUUUCUCUUCUUUGUUACACCAGUUGUACAAAUGAAAUCUUUUCUGGCAUUCCCAAUCUAAAGAGAUUGAUCGUUUCUGUACGUCUUAACAAAGUAGAGUUUUCCGAUUGGCAAUGUGAUAUGUCGAGAUUGACAAAACUCGAAGCAUUCAAGUUUGAAGGGUCAUAUUAUUUGCCAGACCCCAUCAAGAGAUUUGUUUUUCCAACAUCACUUAGGAGGUUGUCUUUAACUCUGUGUCGUGAUUUUGUUUGGGCAGACAUAUCAUCAACUAUCAUCAUGUUGUCAAAUCUUGAAGAGCUCAAACUUAAACAUUGUAGUGUCAUGGAUGGUGUAUGGAGAUUGAGUGAUGAGGAAGAGUUCAAAAGCUUGAAGUUGUUGUUACUGAUUGGCUCAAGUCUUAAGCGUUUGGAAGCUAGCAGUGAUAACUUCCCAAAUCUAAAACGCCUCGUUUUGAAGGAUUGCUGCUACCUACAAGAAAUUCCAGCAGAUUUUGGGGAAAUUUGUACUUUGGAAUCAAUUGAGUUACAUGAUUGCAGCAAUCCUGCUGAGGAUUCUGCCAGAAAUAUUGUACAAGAACAAGAGGACAUGGGAAAUAAUUUACUUAAGGUCUACAUCUAUCAUCAAUUAUUGUUUUGA